AUGGAUACCGCGUCUCGCCGUCCCGGCCAACGCUCCCACGUCAGUGGUCCCAAUUCUGCCCUCACGGAAUUCUUACGUGAGAAAGGUAUCGACACAAGCGGAAUCCAGGCCCUUUCUUCUGCUCGUGCCCGUGCCCGAAAUGAAGCAGCUCACAGGCGUAGUGUGGCAGCCUCUCUGGAAGCCGCAGAAAUUGGCGAAGAAAUAGAUGAAGAUGAGGAAGUUGGUGAAUCCUCUGCUUCUGCUGCUCGCCGUAAAAAGAAGGUAUCCAAAGAUGAAGACAACGAUGAAGAGAUGCUGGACGUUGAAGAGGAGGAGCCAGUUCGAACGAGACGUGGGAGGGCUUCCCGUGCUACCACCAAGAUCGACCUCAAAGUCGUCGGGAAGAGAAAGCGUAAAUCUACAACUGUUAAAGACACUGAAAGCGAAUUUGAGGAGAUUGAAGAGGAAGAAAUGAUUGCAGUUCGUGCCACGAGAACUAGAAAGCUCACUAAAGCCCAACUCGCGAAAAAGAAGGCUGGAGAGCAGCGAAAGCUGGAGGAAGACGACGAAUUCAACCCCGAUAAUUUUCUUGACCCCGCUCUCCGCCCCGUUCCCGGCCAAAUCGCCUUCUGCGCCGAGUGUGAAUGUCGUUUCACUGUCACGCCUUACUCUCGUUCUGCGGACGAUGGUGAAGGUCUCCUCUGCCAUACGUGUGGCAAAAAGGGCGCUCCUGCGGAGAAAGCUGCUCGAAAAAAGAAACAGACUACCCGUACUAACAAGAAGUCGGCUGCACGUGCUAUCCUCGAUGGCGACACUAGCAAUGUCAAGUCCCUCCAGGAAAUAUGCAUCAACACCGUCGCAAAGUACAUCGACGACGUUGAGACCCUUGGGUACAUCGGCUCCCAUAAUGUCGACAAGAUCUCACAGAUUAUCUGUAAGAAUCGCCGUCUAAAUGGCGAAACAAUCAACCUCUUUUUCGAGCCCGCCGAGCACGUCCUCCGUUUCUACGAUUGUAGUGGAAUUUCUUCGGACAGCCUCCGCCAAAUUGCUGCCUUCGUCCCAACAAUCCGCCGCCUCCACCUCAAUUGGUGCGGUCUCAUGAAGGACGAAUGUCUCGAUUAUUAUGGCACCCAACUCAAACAACUCACAUCUCUUGAACUCUACGGUGCCUUCAAUGUUACAGAGGAAUGCUACAUCCGCUUCUUCAAAAAUGUUGGCAGUCGCCUCACGGAAUUCGCUGUGAAAGAUACCUCUCGCUUCAAGGCUGCUGCUGUGGAAGCGUUGGUUGAUAAUUGUCCGGAAUUGGAGGUUCUUCGCCUCCACACCCUUACCUUUAUCGAUGAUGAAUGUGUUCGUCUCCUUACCGGUCUCCCAAACCUAAAGAUUUUGGAGAUCACCGAUUCGCAAGCUUCAAUCAAGGACGGUCCGAUCAUUGAUUGUCUAAAUACAUUUGGCCCUGGGCUUUCAGAACUUACCUUGAACGGCUGCAAGGACCUUACUGAUGCGACUCUCGACGCGAUCCAUUCAUCAUGUGGCCGUCUUGACAUCCUCAACCUUGACGAAGCAGAGCUGCUCACCAACGACGGUAUCGGCAAAUUGUUCACAGAAUGGAGCCUAAAUUACGGACUUAAAGAGCUUUCCCUCCGAAACUGUACCAACCUCCAGUCUUCCGGCUUUGCGAGAAUCAUAGAUCAUUCAAGUCGCACCCUUGAAAGGCUCACAAUCAAUAGAUGUAAGGAUAUCGAGAAAGAUGCUUGGACUUUCCUCCAAGAGUUUACAUUGCCGGAGUUGGAAGUGUUGGAUAUCAGCUUUGUAAGAUGUGUUGAUGAUGCUGUGAUCGAAGGGAUCCUGAAGGUUGCACCAGAGUUGAAGACCUUGAAGGUUUGGGGGUGCAAUAAGAUCACCGAGUCCUGUGCCUUAAAAGAGGGUAUGUUAUUGGUUGGGAGAGAGGCGGAUAUUCUUGCUUAA